UCAUACUCGCUACUCGCCUCUGUUCGUCGUCGUCUUUUGUUCUCCACUGAAAUAGACUGUUCACCUGCAUUUGAAUUUUGGAGGUCACGCCUCGCCCGAAGAAACUGACGUGCUUGGAACGAAAAGAACAGAGAAAACCUCGCUCUCUCCUCCAAUCUCCAUGGCUCCUCCUUUCGUCUUCCCCCGUACUCUUCAAGAACUCGAAGAAGACCACGAUGAUGACCGCCUCUGCGUCAGAAAGCUUGUGGACACUUCUUCACUUCGCGCCUCUGAAGUCGAAGAGUUUGUCAAAGGCGUGUCCUUUGAUCUUUCCGAUAAAGAAUUGUUCUGUGUUGAAGACCAAGAUAUUUUUGAUCGGGUGUACUCAUUGGUUCGGAGUUAUGGCAGUCUUUCUCCAUCUUGCAAGUUGAAUAUCGUCGAAAGUCUUCGUUCCAAUGUUAGCGUGCUUUUACCUAAUGUAGACUCGCUCCUAAGGGUGUCUCAAGGUCAGGAUGAAGAGAUUUCAGCACUAGAUCGCGUUGCUUCUCAUCGCAAUGCUUUUAAAAUAUAUACAUACUUCCUCCUAAACAUAGUUCUCGCCGAAGAGUCCGACAGUGGUUCGAACAACAGUGUGAAGGUGACGGCUAGCACUCACAGGAAGAAACAACCCGUGAAUUCGUGGAAUUGGGAGGCACAGAGAGGCCGAAUACUUGGCCUUAUUGCUAAUUCACUGGAGAUCAACCUUGAACUACUUUUUGGUUCAUCUGACCCGGAUGACAAUUAUUUGUCUUUUGUUACAAAAAAUGCGUUCUCUUUGUUUGAGAAACCAACGCUCCUUAAAGAUUCUGAAGCAAAAGAAGCUCUAUGUCGUAUUAUUGGGGCUUGCUCUACAAAGUACCAUUACAUGGCACAAUCGUGUGCAUCCAUUAUGCACCUGAUUCACAGGCAUGAUUUUGUUGUUGCCCACAUGGCUGAUGCAGUCGCGGAUGCUGAGAAGAAGUAUGCAGACGGAAGUAUGGCCAUCUCUCUUAUUAGAGAGAUUGGAAGGACUAAUCCAAAAGAUUAUGUAAGGGACACGGUUGGGGCUGAAAAUGUGGGGCGUUUUCUCGUUGAGCUAGCUGAUCGCCUUCCUAAGCUAGUUUCCACUAAUAUUGGCAUUCUCAUUCCACACUUUGGUGGUGAAUCCUACAAGAUUAGAAACGCUCUUGUUGGUGUGCUGGGAAAGUUGAUAGCAAAGGCAUUUAAGGACGUUGAGGGUGAAGUGAGCUCAAAAUCUAUUCGCCUGCGUACUAAGCAAGCUAUGUUGGAAAUCUUACUUGAGCGUUGUAGAGAUGUGUCAGCUUAUACAAGAAGUCGAGUUCUCCAGGUAUGGGCUGAAUUAUGCGAAGAGCAUUGUAUUUCAAUUGGUUUGUGGAAUGAAGUCGCGUCGGUUGCUGCUGGUAGAUUGGAGGACAAGAGUGCAAUUGUCAGGAAAUCUGCUUUAAACCUAUUGAUCAUGAUGCUGCAGCACAACCCAUUUGGUCCACAGCUCCGAAUAACUUCAUUUGAAGCAACCCUAGACCAGUACAAAAAGAGAUUAAAUGAGCUUGAGCCAGCUAUGCCUUCAGAAAAUGUUACUGAUGACUUACCAUGUGAUGGUGAUAACUGUCUUGGUGACGGUGAAGUCGACAAUUUAAAUCCUGGACCUGUUGAGAAGGAGCAUCAAGACAGUUUAACUGAUAGUUGUAUGUCGCAGCCAGGAGAGGUGACUGCUUUGCAAGAUAGUAAUCUGCCGGAUGUUGGGAAUCUGGAGCAGACAAGGGCAUUGGUAGCAUCGCUUGAGGCUGGACUACGGUUCUCUAAAUGUAUAUGUGCGACGAUGCCUACCCUUGUCCAAUUGAUGGCUUCAUCCUCCGCUACUGACGUUGAAAAUACAAUUCUCUUGUUGAUGAGGUGUAGACAGUUUCAAAUUGAUGGCUCAGAGGAAUGUCUACGGAAAAUGUUGCCAUUGGUAUUUUCCCAAGAUAAAUCCAUCUAUGAAGCAGUGGAGAACGCUUUCAAUACUAUUUAUAUUAGGAAGAACCCUGUUGAAACUGCAAAGAAUCUCGCGAGUCUUGUCACUGAUUCCAAUAUAGGGGAUCUAGCAGCUCUUGAGUUUAUAAUCGGUGCACUGGUCUCCAAGGGUGAUUUAUCUUCCAGCACUAUAUCAGCUUUGUGGGAUAUAUUUUGCUUCAAUAUUAGUGGAACCACCGCGGAGCAUAGCCGUGGUGCUUUAUCUGUUCUUUGCAUGGUGGCAAAUUCAUCAGCCAGUGUCCUUGGCUCACAUUUACAGGACAUCAUUGAUAUUGGGUUUGGUCGUUGGGCUAAAGUUGAUCCUUUGCUUGCUAGGACAGCAUGUCUUGCUAUCCAGAGACUGUCUGAUGAUGACAAGAAAAAAUUGUUGGUUACUAGUGGUGCUCGGAUAUUUGGUAUUCUGGAAAGUUUGAUUACGGGCUCCUGGCUUCCAGGAAAUAUCUGGUAUGCUGCUGCUGACAGAGCGAUAGCUGCCAUAUAUGCAAUUCAUCCUACCCCAGAAGCCAUAGCUGCUGACUUGGUUAGAAAGACUCUGAAUUCCGUAUUUAAUGAUUGCGCGGAUGGUCUGCAGAAUGACAGUGAUCCCACUGAAGUCAGCAUGCUUACUACCGUUCAAGUGGCAAAACUAAGUAGGUGUUUGUUUGUCACAAGUCAUGUUGCCAUGAAUCAACUAGUAUAUAUUGAAUCGUGUUCUAGAAAAAUUCAGAAACAGAAAAUAGCGAAGGAAAAAAUGGAUGCUGAGAAUCAGAGUAUAGAUUGCAAUGGGGCAGCUCCAUCUGCUAUGCAAAAGGACAAUGAUAUAAAUCAAGAGUUAGGUUUGGCCGCUUCUGAGGACGCUGUGCUUGAUGCUUUGUUUGAAAAAGCAGAGAAGGAAAUCAUUUCUGGUUGUUCAGGUGAAAAGAAUUUGAUUGGAAUCUGCGCGACUUUUUUGUCCAAGCUUUGUAGAAAUUUUGGACUGAUGCAGAAGUACCCAGAAUUGCAGGCGUCAGCAAUGUUAGCUUUAUGUCGAUUCAUGAUUAUUGAUGCAGAGUUUUGUGAUGCAAAUCUCCAGCUCCUAUUCACUGUUGUCGAAGGUGCUAAUUCAGAGACUGUUCGUUCUAAUUGUACUAUUGCACUGGGUGACUUAGCAGUUCGGUUUCCCAAUCUUUUAGAACCAUGGACAGAGCAUAUGUAUGCUCGCCUUAAAGAUCCUUGCGUUUCUGUAAGGAAGAAUGCUGUUCUGGUGCUUUCACAUCUCAUACUGAAUGACAUGAUGAAGGUAAAAGGUUACAUCAACGAAAUGGCUGUGAGAUUAGAGGAUGAAGACAAGAGAAUUUCAAGUCUCGCUAAGCUAUUUUUUCAUGAACUUUCCAAGAAAGGAAGCAAUCCAAUUUAUAAUUUACUUCCUGAUAUACUCAGCAAGUUAUCCAGUCAGAAUCUUACCAAGGAUUCUUUCUGCAACAUCAUGCAAUUUUUAAUUGCUUCGAUCAAGAAGGACAAACAAAUGGAUGCUCUUGUGGAAAAGCUAUGCAAUAGGUUUAAUGGUGUUACAGAUGUCAGACAAUGGGAACAUCUUUCUUACUGCCUUUCUCAGCUAGCAUUUACAGAAAAAGGGAUGAAGAAACUCAUUGAGUUAUUUAAGACGUAUGAACAUGCCUUGUCAGAGGAGUCUGUUAUUGAUCAUUUUAGGAACAUAAUAAACAAGGGCAAGAAAUUUGCAAAACCAGAGCUUAAAUCGUGUAUUGAAGAGUUCGAGGAUAAACUACACAAGUUCCAUAUGGAAGUGAAGGAACAAGAAGUUACUGCUAGAAACGCCCACAUUCAUCAACGGAAGAUCGGCAGACGGGAAGGCUUUACUGCGGCCUUAGAUGCUGAAGACCAUACAGAAUCUAAUAUUACUACAGAGGAAGCAGGUGGUGAAGUUAUCGACCCAUGCAGUGAGAGGAUGGCUUUGUCUAAGAAUCAUAAAUUGAAAAGCCAACACACUGAUUCAGAAGAACAUUCUGUUAUUUCAAGUGAGCUGACAGAGUCUGAUGGAGGGGAUAUCGAAGUUCAAUCCCCGUUGGUCAGUAAGAGAGGAGGAAGCCGGUCCAGAACAAAGAAAAGCACCAUGAAGGAGGUAAAGGGUGACAACACUGGAAAACGAACUACUCGAGCAAGAAGGAAGGUUAUUUUGGAUGAGCCGGAAGACUUUUAGGUGGAAGUACAUGAUUCGCGGGCGUUUAUUUUUGCCUUUAUUGACGAGGAAUAUAUGUUCAUCAGUUUCUAACGGAGACGAUUUGAAUGUGAAUUGGACGCAAUGUGGAACCCUAUUUUCACGAUGCUGUACAUAAAUGUUGAACAACGAACGGUUUCAUCUUUUCCUGGUGGUUCCCCUUCACAGGCUGGGAUGCAAUUGUAUAACUAAAGCCUUUGUAAUCAUCUCACUUUGAGUUU